AUGGAUAUGGCGCACGAGAGGGACUCGAGCAGCGAGGAGGAGGUGAUGGCCGGCGACCUCCGCCGCGGGCCGUGGACGGUGGAGGAGGACAUCCUGCUCGUCAACUACAUCGCCGCUCACGGCGAGGGCCGCUGGAACUCGCUCGCCCGAUCAGCAGGUCUGAAGCGCACCGGCAAGAGCUGCCGCCUCAGGUGGCUCAACUACCUCCGCCCCGACCUCCGGCGCGGCAGCAUCACCCCGCAGGAGCAGCUGCUCAUCCUCGAGCUGCACUCGCGGUGGGGCAACCGCUGGUCCAAGAUCGCGCAGCACCUCCCCGGGCGCACCGACAACGAGAUCAAGAACUACUGGCGCACGCGCGUGCAGAAGCACGCCAAGCAGCUCAAGUGCGACGUCAACAGCCAGCAGUUCAAGGACGUCAUGCGCUACCUCUGGAUGCCCCGCCUCGUCGAGCGCAUCCAGGCCGCCGCCACGGCCGACGCGGUGCAGGCCGCCGCUGACACGCCCCUGUCGUGGCAGCACGGCGCCGACGACGCUCUCUACGAGUCACCGGAGCUCCCUGUCGACGCGUGCUGGCCAGCGGAGUACGCCGCCGUGGCCGGCGGGCAGCUGCCCAACGCCUCGGUCGCGGAGCUGUCGAGCACUACUACCGCCGGCUCUUCCUCGCCGUCCACCACGGACUCUGGCGCCGGCGCCCAGCCCAGCUGGCCUGCAGCAGUCGACGGUGCCGAGUGGUUCACCACCGCCUGCGACGCCUCCAGCGCCGCCGCCACCAUAUGCGACACGGACCAGCUGAUCCAGCAGCAGGCACCGUCCCAGCCCGCGGGUGCGUGGACGUCCGAGCCGCUGCCGAGCCUCGGGUUCCCCGAGCUGGGCGUCGCGGACUUCGAGAUGGGCAGCUUCGACGUAGACAGCAUCUGGAGCAUGGACGACUUGUGGAACACGCAGCCGCAGUUCGUGUGA